GAUCACAUGUUGAGAUUUAGCUUACAAUUUGGUAAUAGCUUAGCUAGCCUUAAGUGUUUGUAGUAAUCAUGCUUUAUGAUUUUGUCUUCCUAUAGUAUUGUGGAAGGCUGCCAAGUAUUCACCCAGGAAACGGCUGCUGCCCUGCUGGUCUGUAUUGAAGAAUGCCUACAGAGGAUUUUAUCGCGUGAGAUCUUUUUUUCAAUCGGCUCUUUAGACAUGCAGAUAAAGAAGAUGAAGGAUAUUGGAGAACAGUUAUACACUACACAAAUGAAGGGUGGACCUAAUUCCUUGACCAUGUCACCCAAACAACCCGACGCCAAUCGAGCAACUCGACCAGAUAGACAAGAAGCGCAAACCCUUUUGUAUCAAGGUUCGGAGGCUGAGGCGAUGAUGACCAUCGCUACAUGCAUAAAAUGCAAAAGUGUUCACAGAAUCCCUCUUCGAGAUUUGAAAAAGGGCACUGGGCAAAGUCCAAAGGAAGACAAAUAUAUCUGCUUCAAAUGCAACCUUGAUGCGACUCCUCUCCAUUUGCCAUUUGUCAGCGGUAAUCCCAGUGCGACUCAUUUUGGAAAUGAAACCGAAACCAUCUCAAGUCCUGUCAAUAGUAGCAAAUUUAAGGUAAGGAACUUUAAACCAGGCAAGUACUACUGUGACAAGUGUCGGUUUUCCACCAAGGACCCUCUGCAGUACAGAAAGCACAUGCUCCAACAUGAGGAGAUUAAAUUCAUCUGCUCUCACUGCAGCUACAUUUCAUACACUAAAGGAGAGUUCCAGCGGCAUUUGGUGAAGCACACAGGUGUAUUCCCCUAUCGGUGUGAAUAUUGUGACUACGGUGCUAUCAGAAACGAUUAUAUUGUCAAGCACAGGAAGAGAGUCCAUGAGCGAGCGGGCGCAAAGAGGCCCUUCCGAACUGUCGCCAAGCUGGAGCCGAAAAGAACCAAUGCUUCAAAGCAAAACACAGAGCUUUUAAAAGCUUCCAAUCCCAGGACUGCGUUUCAAAACAAGUUAUCAGAUCAACUUGCAAGAUUCUCUAUCCAUACAAGUAAAGACAAAAUGCACAAUAUUAUGGUGUUGCCUGAACCAAAGGAAUACCAGAAGGAUGUAGUGUGUAUUCCAGAUAAAGUGACAAUGUCUGAGCCAAAUGAAGUCGGUCUGUUAGAGAACAAAAGCGUGGAAGUGGAAGUGUUGUCCCCUGCUAAAGAGCCUGUUCAGCCAGGAAUGCCAUUAACGGUAGUGGCACCAGCAGAACUUGUUGUCCCAGCAAACUGUCUAGCGCAGCUGAUAGAUGUGAAGGUUGUCAAUGGAACACAGCAGCUGGUUCUGAAAUUGUUUCCACUGGAGGGAAAUAGCUGCCUUGAAGCCAGUAAAGAUAAAGGAAGUAAUUCAGAUCAUAUGGGUAAACAGAGGGCUUCAAGUGAACAAACAGUGGUUUCUGCAGAAAAAACAAAAUCAUUAACAAUCGAAGGGGAUGUUGGGAAAAUUGUAGACAUUAAUGGUCUUCAAUCUUCGGUUCAGAAACAGCUGAAGAAUGUUAAAUGGUUUAAGUCUUGUGAUUUUUUCAUGUCAAAUUCCAGUGUGCACAACCCUGGAGAGUCCUUUUUCAAGUCUGAUACAAUGGAGGAUUUGCAGAAAAAAACCAGUUUGUAUCCACAUAGAAUUUCCCUUUCUUCUCUUUCCUUAAAAGGUCAUUCUCCAGCAUCUAUAGUGAAAAACAGUGUUUUAUGUAAUCUUGGUGGUACCUCAAACCCAGUUGCAUAUACAGCUGCCCUUUCUUGGGCUGAAGAUGGAAGAAAUUUGCCUGCUGAUUCACAGCACUUAUUUCCUCUUGCAUCACCUCCAGCCAUUUCCUUUUCUGGAGAAAAAGGUUCAUUGCCUUUAAAGGAGAGUGACAGAGAGUCCAGAAGUAAGAUUAGCAGUCUAGUAAAAGCAAUUUCUUCUAGUAGAAAGACAGAAGAACAAAAAGCAGUUUCAAAUACAGGCCCAGUUUCCUCUCAGCAUAAAAGUGAAUGUUCCCCUGUAAACCUACAUGGGGGAGAUGGGUUGAAAUCUCAACAGGCCGGAGAGAAAUCUUUGGAAUUAAAGGACUCUGAGAGGACUAAAGACACUUUUGAUGGUCCAGUCAUCUCAUCAGUAUUCUCUCUGAGUUCUGGAUCUGAAAAUGUCCCUGAGGGUGUUAAGUGGAACAGUUCAACCUCCAAAAUAAAGUCGAUUGAACUGCUGCGCAGAAAGAUAGCUCAGUUGAUUGAGUCCUGUGGCAAGCCUUCAUCAUUGGCUGCAAAUAAUGCACAUCGUCGUUCGGUAGGGCAGGCAUCCAAGAUAACUUCGAAAGCUAGUCCUGAAAGUGUCCGCGAAAUUAAUGUGUCUGUCGCUGGCCCUGACCCUUCUGCAGGUGCUCUCCACAAGGCCAAGGAUGGUGACAGUGAUACUGGCAGUGAACAGCUUAGUCAUCCACAGAUAUAUCCAAAGUGUAUAGAUGGCUGCGACGGGAAAACCGAAGGCAGAGUGACCAGGAAACCUCAUGUCGCUACUCCAGUUUUGAUCCCCAAAGGAGCUGUGUUGAGGGUGCUCAAUUCGUCCGAGGAUGCUCAGAUCAUAGAGGCCACGUGUGAAGCACCUGUCGGCAUACCCUGCAGUGAAGCACAGUUAAGAAGUCCAGUUCCAUUCUGCCCUGUAACACAGACCAACUCAGACCUACAGGCUUUGAGCUGUGAAGCUAGGCCCAUAGACAUGUCCCGAGGUCCUGAGACAUCUCUUCGUCCUAAACCAAGAAAAGAGAGUGCUGUUCACUGUGGCACCACCUCUAAAAAACCGGGCGCUACUCAUGGACAGCAAGGAAGCAGUGAACUAAAUAAACAGGGAAAACUGCUUUCCAGAAAUUUUCCCACAAGUAGAAAUAAAAUCAGACAAGUAAACUCAUCCAAGAAGAAAAGCAAGGUUCAGGCUGAUCCUAGCCGCUGUCUCAAGGAUCCUUCAAUUUUUCAGGUUGCGCGGCAGCUUCGACUGAUCGCUGCUAAGCCAGAUCAGUUGAUUAAAUGUCCGCGUCGGAAUCAGCCAGUCAUUGUGUUAAACCACCCCGAUGUUGACUCACCAGAAGUGACCAACGUCAUGAAGGUAAUCAAUAAGUAUAAAGGCAAUGUCCUCAAAGUUGUUUUAUCGGAGAGGACAAGGUGUCAGCUCGGCAUCCGAAGGCAUCAUGUCCGGCUUACCUAUCAGAAUGUGGAGGAAGCUAAUCAGAUUAAAAGGCAAAUGAUGUUGAAAAUGAAGCUUAAAAAAGUGCAUAAAAACAACUACCAGGUAGUGGAUUCCUUGCCUGAUGACUCGUCACAGUGUAUUUUUAAGUGCUGGUUUUGUGGGCGGCUUUAUGAAGACCAGGAAGAGUGGAUGAGUCAUGGCCAACGACAUUUGAUAGAAGCAACUAGAGACUGGGAUGUUCUUUCUUCCAGUGGCAAAUGAGCAGAAAUUGGGUCCUUGAAGCAGUUUUUUCCCCCGUGGUUUGAGAUGCCUGUUCCAGAUUUAGUAGGAGAAAUAAAGAUGAAAGAAAUGA